UCAGCAUUAACUCGGAUCACUAUCGGAGCGAACGCGCGAGAAUGGCAUUAGUAUGGGGUCACAUAACCGGCACCGCCAAAGAAUACCUAGAACCACAAUACCUCGCCGAAUCGGAGGAGGAACGGUUCCUAUGUGCCGAGGAUAUGAUUUUAUUACUCAAAUCAUAUUUUAUAUCUGGAAAUGAACAGGCGGAGAGCCGAGCAGCUUUCCACCGCCUGUCAAUGGGAAGAAAGGAGACCUUUACGGAAUUCAAAGCGCACUUUAUUAGUGCAGCCGUAAAAGGGUCCGUAUCAAGGUCGGAAUGGUUCUUCUACCUGUGGGAGAAGAUCAUACCAGCGCUACGAGCCCCAAAUCUGGGAUUUAAACAUCUGUGGGCAGGCUCGUUUGAAAAAAUGGUUCAACACCUAACAGCUUUUGACAUAGAAAGAAGAAAUGCACCAGUCGGUACUUACUCGGAACCUAAGCCUAGUCAGGCGGGAGUUUCCUCAACAAAACAAAUUCCACGACCGAUCCGGGAUUUUCAACCCCGUACCUACUACACUAGGCCCGAACCGACCCCGACUCCGUACCGCGUGCAUUCUUCCACUCCUAGACUACUAUCGAAAACCCCCGCACCAGACAACGUUACCACUGAAAAUUGCUACCACUACGGCAAGCCUGGCCACUACGCUAACAACUGUCCGGUCCCGCGGGUAAGGGAAAUCCAAGCAGAGAAAGAAGAGUAUGAAGACGCACUUGAAUAUCAUUCGGAUCAGAGUCGGUCGGGAAACGACGAAGCCUAGGGAAACGCUCCAGUCUAGGCCUGGACAAGUAUGAUCUUACAAAAAUCGAUUUAUCAAACUUGUUUGGAGGAAAAUAUUUCCGUAUUCCCACCGUUUUAUGUUCGAAGGGUUAUGGUGUCCGCUUAGAUUCCCUAGUUGACACCAGAGCCCAAGGUUUUCUCUUCUUAAAUUCUGCUAUUGCCCUUUCUAUAUCCGGUUCCCUCCAGGUACCUAUCCGAAGACUCCCUUUCAAAAUUACAGUCAAAGGAUUUUAUAACCAGGUGCAGACCCGGGUAGACAAGUAUAUCCAGU